AUGGAGGUAGUGGUGUUGCCCAGUCGGGUUGUUGAAGGUGGAUUGGUGAUGUUGGUGAAGGGUAUUAUUGUUUGGAGAAAAAUUUUAGAGUCAACUGCUCAGGAAGAUGGAGAUCGAGGAAUGAGACCUUUCUUGGAUGAAGGAGAGGAGACACAAGAAGUUAUUGACAUCAGAGAGGAGAUAGGCAACGACGAAAAAAUAGGCAUUGAAGUUGGCACACAGGCUGGCGUCGACAAAGCAGUUGGUGCUAGUGAGUCUGGGUGCUCCAUAGGCUUCAAUGGUGAGGCGCCAAAGGUAGAACCAGGUCUUAAGGAUGGGCGAGGUGCCAUGGGCGCCGCCAGGCGAGGCGAGGAAAAUACCACUUGGUGUGGCGUUGUUGGGUGA